GGUGAAUGAAAAUAUGAUUCUGUAUUUGACCGACAAGUAUUGGAAAUUUUAAUUAUCGAACGGAUUUUCUUUUCGUACAAAUAAAAUAACCAAACAAGAUGGAGUCAAGUAAUGGUGUAGAUAGCCUAAUUGACAAAAAGUCCUCAUUUUCAACGUUAAAAGUGGAUAAUAGUGACGUCCUAUUUUGUGUUAAUAUAUCAUUCGUGAAGUCCUGCGCGCAGAGUGCCUUUUUAAUUUUUUCCCUGUACAUUAUAUUGAAGCACUUUUUUCCGUCUGUAUUCAAAAAAUUAAAUAACACAUUAUAUAGUAACACGUUAAAUGCCAUAAAAUAUAGUCAGGGAUACAUAGACAAACCGUAUGAAAAAGGCAAUACUGAAUUAAAAAAUGAAGGAGGUGCAUUUGAAGGUGCCCUUGCAGAAGUGCGUACAAAUGAGAAAGAAAUAAAAACUGGUGGAGAUAGUAUUUCUGUGGAAGAAGCAACAAAUAUCGAUAAGGAAAAAGAAGGCGAAAAAGGAAAAGGUGAUAAUAAAAUUAAAGAAAGUGAACCAAAUGUUGCAAAUAUAAGUACAAAUUAUAAUAUAGAAAAAAAUGGAGAUGUCAACAAUGAAGCCAAAGGGGCAUAUCACAUUUCUACGGUAGAGGGAAAGGAUCUGAAUAAAAAGGAAAAGAGUGAUAAUAAAGCUGAGGGUGAAAAAUAUAACUUGAUGCCAGAAAAUAACGAUACGGUAGUAAAUCUAGGGGGAACAUAUUUUCUAGAAAAAAGAGGAAUGCACAUCUAUGACAUAAAAGAGGAAGACGAAAAAUUGAAUCAUAACACAAAGGAUGAUAAAGAUUUAACAGAAGCAAAGGGAAAUGCUGACAAUAAAUCGGCAUCUAGUAUGAACGUCAAGAAUGGUACGAAUCAUGUGGAAAAAGGAGCAGAAGCAAGUACUGGUAAGAAAGAAGAAGGGGAAAAACAUGUCGAUAAGAAAGAACCAAAUAAUUAUCAAAUAAAAAAUGAAGGACAAGAGAAUGACAGCGCAGGCACAAGUUAUAGCUUGAAAAAAGGUGCAGAUGGUCAUAAUGACAAAAAAAAAUCGAGUUCUAAUUCGCUAGAAGGUGUACAAGAAAAGAAUGAAAGGGAAACGAAUAGCCAUAAAUUAAAAGAAGAUGAAGAAAACGUCCGAGAUGGUUCAACAAGUAGUUUGUCAAAAUGGGGUGAAAAGGAUGAGCAGAAAACGGUUCCAAAUAACGAUAAAACGGAAUUAGACACAAAGAAAGUGAAAAAGGAAGACGCCAAAAAAGACGAAGCGAAGAAGGACGAUGCGAAAAAAGACGAUGCGAAGAAGGAGGCAAAGAAAAGUGACUUAAAGAAGGACGGGAAAAAAGAACCAAAAAAAGAAAAGGACAAGUCAAAAGACAUAAGAAGGGCAAACUCAUUAGAUACCAUUUAUAAAAGCGAUUUGGAAUCAAAGGAUGAUGAAAUAGAAGAUGAUAAAUCUGAUGAAUGGAAAAAGAACGAAUGGAAUAAUUGGCUAAUUAAAACUGAAGAGGAUUGGAAACUGUUUAAUACAAGCGUCGAAAACAAAAAAAACAGGUGGCUAGAAAAAAGGGAUAAAGAAUUGGAAGUGUGGCUAAUGAAUAUGCAGAAUAGGUGGUUGCAUUAUAGAGAGAACGAAGAAAAUGAAUACAAAGCGGAAGCCAUGAAGAACUCAUCAACAUGGGACGACAGCCAAUGGGAGCAAUGGAUUAAAACAGAGGGGAAAAAAGGCAUGGAAGCAGAUUUGAAAAAAUGGUUAAAUGAUAAAGAAACCUUCUUGGAUGGAUGGAUUUCUAAAGAAUGGGUCCAGUGGAAAAACGAAAGAAUGCUUCAGUGGUUAUCAGUUGAUUGGAAACAUAAGGAAGAUGAGACUUUUGAGCAUUAUAAAUCAAGCAAAUUUACGAAUGUGUUACAUAUAAAAAAGAAGAAAAAAUGGACCAAAUGGAAAGAAAGAACAAAUAAGGAAAAGGAAGAAUGGAAUAAUUGGGUAAAGGGGAAAGAAAAUUUAUAUGUAAACAAUAAAUGGGAUAAAUGGUUAAAAUGGAAAAAGGAUAAACGCGCAUUGUAUAGUCAAAAGUUUUUGACCUUCAUUAACAAAUGGAUAAGUGACAAACAGUGGACAGUAUGGAUUGAGGAUCAAGGUGGUUCAACUUUGUAA